AAAUGAACACAACGAAGAACAUAUACCUGAUAUUCAAAUAGUGGAUAAAGAUCUGGAAGGUUAUAGGUACAAAUUCGAUUGUAUUGAUAAAACUAUUAAAAGUGAAGUUAUAAAUAUGAAAUUUGAUGAAUUGAAUCAAAAGAAUGAA